UUUCAUUCAAGUUUCAUAACAUUUGACUCAUUCGAAAGCUAUUAAACAUAAUUGAAAAUACCGUUUAUUACACUCCCCAAAUAUUGUAUUUAUCUAUGAAGUGAAAGUGAAAAGUGGAUUUUUAAUCAUAAUGGGUGAUGCUUGUCAAGCAUGUCUCACGAGGGUUCCUCAUGCCACUCUUAUAGCAACGAUAAUGUGCUGUUUGGGCGUGGGGGUGUUUUGUGGCACUAUGUAUCGUGGAUCAGCGCUUUCAAUUUUGAUGUUUGACGAAGUUUUUCAUUUUCGACUGAUAUGGAUUGAAGCACUUCAAAUGAUAUUCAUCGUAGGCAGUGCUUGUAUGGCUGCUCUAGGAUUUAUGUUGUUAUGCUUAGGGUGCCUCACAACAGGUGCAACAAGACAAAAGGUGUACAGAGCGUGGCGAGCUCGGGUCGGUGGAAGGAUAUCUUGCGCAGUCUUUAUGAUUAUUACCUAUAUUUUGACAUUCGUUUGGCUGAUCCUAUUGGGCUUUUUAGUCAUAACAACAUUCUUGUUCACAAUAUUUUGGAAACUAUGCUCGAAGCCGAAAAACAUUGAACACUCUACCUGUAUCGAUUUCACUCAAUUCGACUUUAUGUUCCCAUCUUCUGUUAAACAAGAAGACAUGAGAAUUUGUGAAGCUCAUAAAAUUAAACUAUUUUGUAAGGACUAUGUUGAAAAAGCUGAGUUUAUGUUUAUUUUGGCAAUGGUAUCAUGUUUACUUGUAAUAUUGAGCUUAGUACAUUAUUUGAUGUGCUUAUCAGCUAAUUAUGCUCAUAUUCGAGACCAUGAAAAAUUCCAAGAACUGCAAGAGCUCCAGUACCUCACCAACCCGGAUCUACAUGCUUCAAAAGAUAGAUUCUAGUAUAUGGCCCGCGCACCAUUGUUGCGCUCCCUUGAAGCAUCUACUAAAAUGUGACAAAGCAGAAAAGUAACUGCAUUUUAAGAUGUCAUAAAUAUGUGUUCACAGAUUACAAAUAACAUCUAAAGACUGAUACAGUGGAUGACUAAGAUUAGAUUGAAUACAAAUUUACAUAUCUCCAAUCCACUACAGUAUUUAUUUUUAUUUUUUGUAACCUGACAUUCCACUAACUUUAGUCCUUAAACUUUAAAUUGUUAAACAAUAUUCCCCCUAUAAAGUAUAUUUUAUUUACAUUAUUUUAGAUAAUUCAAUGCUUGGACAUGCUAAAGCAUGAUAAUAUUUAUUUUUAUUCCCUUUGUUUCUAAACUAGGCUGAUAGCCUGCAUUGUUGCUCUAGAUUCUUCCAUUAAUCCUAAUUCAAUUAUGAUAAGAUAAUAUUUUAGAAUUAUACUUGCUUUAUUAUUAUUUACAUUUAAGAAAUAACAGUAGAAGUAGUUUUGUUUUACACAAAUUUUAUAUUUUUGUUUAAAAGUUGAUUCUUGUUUUGAUGUCUAGACAACAUUUAAUAUUUUGUGUAAAAUUGGGAAAUGUGAUUAAAUUAAUUGUUCAAUGUUUAGUACAAUAAUGAUAGUUUAAGGCAGCACAAUUUAUAUUACUUAGUUGUAAGUUAAAAUAAGAAAAUUGCUUAUGAUAAAUAAGGCGAUUUUAUUCUGAAAUUUUUUUUAAUAAGAUGGCUCUAAGACGAAUUUUCUAAGUUUUUAUUUAAAAAUUACAAUAAUUAUGAAAAAAUUAAAUUGUCUGUUUAUAGUAAGCAAGUUUAAAAUUUAGUAGUCAAUUAUGACAAUUUUAUAUAUUAUGUAGGAAGAUUACCUCUUUUGAUAAAGAUUUUACAAUAAAUUAGCUUGAAAUAAAAGAAAGCAUAGCUCUUUUUAUAUUUAGCCAAAAAAAAAAGUAAAAUAAUUUUGAAAAAUUUUGCUCACAGAUGGAAAGAAAAUAUGUAGAAUAUGGUGCAUUUAUAACUCAAAUAUCUUAAAUUUGUUCUAUAAACAUUAUUUCUUAAAAAUAUAUAUAGAUUUUGUGACGUUAAAUUUUUUAAAAAAUCUACUCUGUCUAACACCACGAAGAAACAAAUCACUGGCAUUUAUCAUAUUUAUUAAGCGCACUAAAAAUGUUUACAUUAAUUGAAUGUUUGUAAUAAUUAGUUAUAGGAAUUAGCCCUUAAAUUCAAAGUAAGUGACUGAAAUAUAUAAAUUAACUAACAAAUAUACAAAGCCAUAUUUCCAAAAAUAUUUCAUGAUUUAAUUGAAAUUUUAUUUAUAAACAUAAAUAUUACAACAGUAAUUUUCAAAACUUGUUAUAGUUAUAUCCAUUAAAAACUUGGUGUUCUAGUAUUUUUGUAGCUAUUUGAAGUAGCAUAGGAUUUUUUCAAAAUAAAUAAAGAAUUUGUAUUUCGUUGUUUGUUUUUAUAAUUAUGUACUAAAAUAUAAUCUGAUAGAAAUUAUGUACAAAAAAAAAUCCUUUUAAUUAUAUUAUGUAUGUAUCCAGAAGAUUUAGUGUUGAUUCGAAAUUCUAGAAUAUAAAAGCAAGAGUAACAACUUUUUGUUACGUAAAAUUAAAAAUCCGAAUGUAGGUCGCCUUUGAAAUCCUUGUCGACGGGCUGAAGGGGUCAAUCCCUAUUCGAGCUCAUUAAAAUGGAAGCGUGGAGUAGCUAGUUGGCCCGAUUUUAACUUUUGUAAUUAAAUUUCAACUAGCAGACAUAUUCAUGAAGUGAAUAAUUAGUGGAACGGUAAUUAUGCAAUAAAAAGUAUAAGCAAGAACUUUA